CAAUAAUAUAAAUAGCAAGUGGACAGAAUAGGGCUCUGUAGCGGUGUCUCGUGUUUGAGGAACACGACGAAUGCCACCGCCGUGCUUCGUGCCCGCACGAGUCAAUUCCUCUCCCGCAUUCCACUCCUCACUUCCUCUUCUUCUUCCCCAAUCCGCUCUAUUUCUCUCUAAUCGGCAGUGCCCAGAUUCCAGCAGCUCCGAUGUUUCGAUUUCUUUCCAUAUCAAAUAUCCUGAUAAAAUCCAUCUCCAAACACUCUCCAAUCCUCCCCAAUUUAUCAAGCGGCUCUUCUCCUUUUUCCGCCCUCGCGAUAUCUCCGAAAUCCUUAUUUUUAUUUGAACUCUCUUACAACUGCACGAAUUUGCGAAAAUCGAUAACCGGUUGUACGAUCGGUGGGAGGAGGGCUUUUUGCAGCGGUUCGGGUGGUCGGGAGUCACUGCAUUACGAUGUUGUCAUCGUUGGAGCUGGGCCAGCAGGCCUAUCGGCGGCCAUACGGUUGAAGCAGCUGUGCUUGGAGAGGAAAAAGGAUUUAUCGGUCUGUGUCCUGGAGAAAGGCUCAGAAGUGGGCUCCAAUUGAAGUCCCAGUAUCUUCUGACAAGUUUUGGCUGCUAACAGAGAAUAAACAUUUAUCACUUCCAUCUCCUUUUGAUAAUAAAGGAAACUAUGUAAUCAG